CACACACAGUAACACUAAGUUUCGAUAUGGCAUCGGUUUCAUUCAAGCGUAACGUUUUUGUUGUAACCGUGGUGAUCCUCGUACUAGCGUCGACAACCUCGGCGGAAGAAUGCGAGUCGAAAUACGGUGGAAAGUGCCACGACAAGGCGAAGGCGCUGAAGCUAAAACUGGUGGCGAUAUCGAGCAUAUUGGUGACGAGCAUGGUUGGGGUUUGUCUCCCCGUGUUCUCCCGUGCGGUUCCUGCGCUGCAACCGGACCGAGACCUCUUCGUCCUCGUUAAGGCCUUUGCCUCCGGUGUCAUACUUGCCACCGGUUACAUGCACGUCAUGCCCGAUUCCUUCCAAGAUCUUACCUCCCAGUGCUUGCCCCAACGCCCCUGGCAGAACUUUCCCUUCACCACUUUCAUCGCCAUGCUCUCUGCGGUUCUCACUCUCAUGAUCGACUCCUUCUCCAUUAGUUACUUCAAGAAGAACCUACCUCUUGCGCCUUCCCUCCACGCCGCCGAGACAAAGGAAGCCCACAUGUUCGCCCAUGCCCAUGCCCAUGCCCAUGCCCAUGCCCAUGCCCAUGGAUUUGGACACCAUGAUGAUGGUGCCGCCGUCAAUGCGGAACAGUUGCUGCGCUACCGUGUGGUGGCUCAGGUGUUGGAGCUAGGGAUUGUGGUGCACUCUGUGGUCAUUGGUUUGUCAAUGGGAGCUUCGGAUAACCCAUGCACCAUUCGGCCUCUCAUUGCUGCGCUUUGCUUCCAUCAAAUGUUUGAGGGGAUGGGCUUAGGUGGUUGCAUACUUCAGGAAUACUCAAUGGCUUCGCUCUUUAAUCCUGAUAUCUCAGGAUAA